CUCAUGCAGUAGUUCUGUGGUUCUACGUUCAUCGCUGUGGAGGAAACGUCACCACGACCGCAGACAUGAAGACCUCUCUGUUAGCGGGCUCAUGGAUACCAACAGUCCUGAACACGGCCUCAUACAGUCAUAGUGUAUACCAUCCUCAUACUCACACUGUAUACCAUCCUCAUACUCACACUGUAUACCAUCCUCAUACUCACACUGUAUACCAUACUCACACUGUAUACCAUCCUCAUACUCACACUGUAUACCAUCCUCAUACUCACACUGUAUACCAUACUCACACUGUAUACCAUCCUCAUACUCACACUGUAUACCAUACUCACACUGUAUACCAUACUCACACUGUAUACCAUACUCAUACUCACACUGUUUACCAUACUCACACUGUAUACCAUACUCACACUGUAUACCAUACUCAUACUCACACUGUUUACCAUACUCACACUGUAUACCAUACUCACACUGUAUACCAUACUCAUACUCACACUGUAUACCAUACUCAUACUCACACUGUUUACCAUACUCACACUGUAUACCAUACUCAUACUCCCACUGUAUACCAUACUCAUACUCACACUGUAUGCCAUACUCAUACUCACAUACACAGUCACACUGUAUACCAUACUAAAUAAUAAAACUGAAAUAUAAAUACAUGUCCUGUUUAUUAUUUAGGUUUUUUUCGUGAAAAAGAAAAGGUGAAAUAAAUAGGCCUGUAUUAUAUAAAGUAUUUUGACUAACCCUCUAAUGGCCAGAGUUAUAAUGCAAAGGAACCCUCAAAGCUUUUCUAAAAACAAUGACAAGAGCAUGCGAACUGAAAACAAAUGUAACUGACAGAUCAUUUAGUUGUUGUCGUCCUGUAGCAAAAUAAAAUAAGGAUAUUACUCUUAACCUGUAUUUUUUGAGUAAA